UGCCAAAAGGGGCAGACGAGUGAUGUGAAAAUUGUCAAAUAUUUUUCGCGAGGUGGUGUCCCGCGGUGAAUUUGAUAGUGUUCCAAAAGACCGUCGCAAUGUCCAGUACCCUGGAGAAUAAGAUUCUGAAUUUGCAAGAACGUCUUAGAGCAGAAAAUGAAUCGAGAGAUAGAGACAGACAGGGUAGCGAGGUUGGACCAGGAACGGGCCUUCAAUCGUCAUCCUCGGGAUCUGUCUCGAGUUCUGCCUCACGACGUGACAAAAGCAAUUUUGUAUGCAUAAUGGAUCAUCCUAGAUUAUUUUACUACCAAAAACAUAUGUAUAUAUGUUGCAAAGUCUCACAGAUACCUCCAAAGAAACAGGAUAGUGAAUUUGAGUCAAAGCUCCAAGAAAUCAUGAAGAUGAAUGGUAUUCUAAAUAUCAAUGGUCAGAGGUAUCAAACUGAGAUGAAAGACUUAGAACAUCUAGGUGAAUUAGGAAAUGGUACCUGUGGUCAUGUUGUUAAAAUGAGGCAUAAACCUAGUGGUGUACUCAUUGCUGUAAAACAAAUGAGACGUUCUGGUAAUGCAGAAGAAAAUAAAAGGAUAAUUAUGGAUCUUGAUGUUGUGUUAAAAUCACACGAUUGUCCAUAUAUUGUGCAAUGUUUGGGAUGUUUUAUCACAGAAUCUGAUGUGUGGAUUUGUAUGGAGUUAAUGGCAACUUGUUUAGAUAAAUUAUUAAAAAGAACCAGGCAGGCAAUGCCAGAAGAGUUUUUAGGAAAAGUUACAGUAGCAACAGUAAAGGCAUUAUCUUAUUUGAAAGAAAAGCAUGGUGUAAUUCACAGAGAUGUAAAACCUAGUAAUAUUCUCCUUGAUGAAAGGGGAGGAGUUAAAUUAUGUGACUUUGGUAUAUCUGGCAGAUUAGUUGAUAGUAAAGCAAAAACUAGAAGUGCAGGAUGUGCUGCUUACAUGGCUCCUGAAAGAAUUGAUCCUCCAGAUCCGACAAAACCAGAUUAUGAUAUAAGAGCUGAUGUAUGGAGUUUGGGUAUCACUUUAGUUGAAUUAGCUACAGGAGUAUUCCCUUACAGAGAUUGUAAGACUGAUUUUGAGGUACUGAGCAGAGUAGUACAAGAUGACCCUCCCUCCCUUCCAUCAGACGCCCUCUUUUCGAAAGAAUUUAGAAAUUUUGUGAGUUGUUGCCUUACAAAAAAUUAUAAACAUCGCCCGAAAUAUCACAAACUCAUGGAGCAUCCUUUUAUUCGAAAAUACGAUGUACCUCAAGAUGAAGAAACAAACUCUUCGGUCUUAAAUUCUGGCUGCCAAUGGUUUGGCAGAGUUAUGCGGCAAUUAGAACCAAGUUUCAGAUUGGCAGGGUGGCAGCAGCGAGUUACGGGUCAUGUAUCUUUAAAACAAACAGCUCAUCUCAGGGCUCAAUCUGAAGUACCAGCUUUCCUACGAAGCAAUGUCACCAAAGACUCACAGAACUCCAGCUUUUUGCCAUUUCAUCAACGAUCAAAUAGUGAGAAUGGUGCGAACUAUGUAUCUUAUAGUCCAUACGCGCUUAGACGAAAGGAAAUUUCCAGGCCGUUUUCUCCUCCUUCGUCGAACGAUGUCGAUACGUCAGAAACGAAUUUUCAACGACCAUAUUCACCGUAUAGACAACAUGUCGAACAAAAUAGGGAUUACUCCUCGAAUCAUUGUUCUACCAAUGGACAAGGUAGACAAGAAGGAAGACCGUUCUCUCCUUAUCGACAGGAUACUAGUACAAUAGACGCAGGAAGUAGGCUUUAUUCACCGUACCACGGACGGUUCACAGAAGAUCGAGAUACAAGUAAAGAACGAUGGCAAGGUGUCUCUAGAUCUUUAAGUCCGUUUGCUCGUGAUUAUUCACCUUGGAGGAGAGAAAACGUCGAUCCUCCUAACGUGAUACAACCAACAGAAAGUGGCCGUUAUUCUCCGUUUCUUCAACAACGAUUAGGACAAACUCCACCUGUGCCUCAAACUCAUCCGCAAACGCAAGAUAUUUAUGGUAGUCCUAUGGUUAGUCGUAAAAGGUUUCCCUCUGAACCCCCUCCACAAGGAUCACACGGUUCUACAAGUCCUGAAUUAUUAAUCUCCCGUUUUGCUCAUCAGUUGAAACAAGAACCAUCACCUGUUAUGCCACCAGUUCAAGGUGGUUCUAAAGAAUCUGCCAAGAAGCGUUUCGCUUCUUACGUUCGUCUCAGGCUCGGAAGCGAACGUGCUCCUUCGCCGGAGCCACCGCCGAGAUUAAGUCGCGGUGAAUCUCCUCUUGCACUUAGAAGGAAUUUAGUCGAUCAAGCGUCUCCUUCUUUCGCACGAAGGUACGUUUCAUCUUCUCCACCACAACCUCCACCAAGAAGAUUGUCGGAAAGCAGUUCCGUACCCGGUAGCCCUCAGCACGUCCGAGCUCGAUUACGUUACACCCCAGAACCUCAGAGGAGACCUCCGCCACCAUAA